AUGAGAAAAACAAUAAAGAAUGAAUUGGGUGAUCGUCAGUUUAGUAUACAGGUAGAUAGUACUCAAGACAUAGGUACCAUUGAUCAGGCAGCUAUUUGUUUACGCUAUGUUUCUAACUCUCAAAUAAAAGAAUGGCUAUUUAGUGUAGUACAAGUAAAAACAUCAUCAGGAAAAGGACUGUAUGAAUUACUCAAAGAAUGUUUCUCUCAAAACGACAUUAAUUUUAAAAAUAUUAUUGGAUCUUCUUUUGAUGGAGCUGCUAACAUGCAGGGUGAGUUCAAUGGAUUGCGUGCUUUUAUAAAACAAGAAAAUCAAAAUAGUGUGUACAUUUGGUGUUAUGCACAUAUUUUGAACUUAUGUGUUUGUGACACAUGCGAAAAUUUGGCAGCUAAAAAUUUAUUUGGUUUAUUAAAUAGAUUAGCAACUUUUUUUUCUGAUUCAUACAAAAAGAUGGGUGUGUGGAAAGAAAUUCAGGAAAAACUGACAACCGGUCAAAACAAACUGAAAAAAUUACAGAAAAUAGGUGAAACUCGUUGGUGGUCUCGCGAAAAAGCAUUACUAUGGAUGUUUGACGGAAAUGACUGUUUAUAUCCUAUAGUGAUAAAUGCAUUGGAUUUUGUGGCAACAUCAAAAACUUUUGACCCAAAAUCUAUUUCCGAAGCCAAUUCAUUAAAAGAAAAGUUGUGUCAAUUUAAUAUUAUAGUAACAGCUCAUUUAUUUCUUCCAAUUUUCAAAAGUUUUGGCCCUACUUCAACAUACCUACAAUCAAAGAAUUUGGAUAUAUUGAAUGCUUUUUUAAUGGUGGAUAAGUGUAUUGCUGACAUAAGUAACUUAAAAUUUGAGAAUGUUCUUAAAUCAUCCAAAGAUUUCGUUUUAAAAAUGAAUAAUUCCCUUCACAAAAUUGCAUUAAAUAAAGAGAUAUUUAUUGAGAAUGAUUUUCCUAAAAACAGAAGAAGAAUAAAAAAACUUAUGUUUGAUGAAGUUUGUGACGAUGAAGCACCAACAGAUCCAAAACAAAAAUUUCGAGUAGAAGUUUUUCAAUGUAUCAUCGACCAAUUGCGAACCAGCCUAACUGAAAGAUUUACUAACAAUAAAACAUUACAAAAGUUAUCACUAUUAUCAUCUGUUGAUCACUCAAAAUUAAUUGACGAACUUGAACACUUUGCUGGAAUUUAUGAUAAAAUUUCUAAACCAUUAUAUAAAAAAACUGUUGAUAUCUAUGACGAAAACACAAAUAAUGAUGAUGAUAAUUUAAUUGUAACUGAUAUGGAUUAUGAAGAUUUUUCUUUGGAUUGGGAUGAUACUCAUCUAUCUGUUACAGAAUCUGAAUGUGAACACUCUUUUAUCCGUGAUGAAAAAGAGGUUGGUCACUUCCAAGACAUUCGCUAUUUGGCUGUGUGGAAAUGA